AUGACGGUGGAUAUGCCCGACACGCGGCUUCAGAGCAUCGGCGUGAGCUUUGCAGUGCACUACUACACCACACUCGUGGAAACUCCCGAGGCGCUGGCCGCCCUCUACGUCCCCUCAGCGAAUGUUGUGCAUAGCUUCAGGAAGUCGAACGGCGCCGUCGAGCUCUCCUCGCUGCUCACGUCCCUUACCGCUGAGGGUGUGACGCGAGUGAGAGUCGAGGACGUGAUGUCUGAGCUGGCCGCCUCCGGCGCAAUCAAGAUCACAGUGAAGGGCCAGCUCAUCGGUACUGCCAGAACGCAGUCCUUCACUCAGGAGGUGGAGCUGUAUAAGCUGGCGAAGAAUACGUACGGCAUCACGGACGAUAAGCUGAGUUACUCAGCUGCCGGACAGACGGCGUUGGUGGCUGAGACGCCGUUGUUGAAGGAGGCUGAGGAGUCAACGGUGGGCACUGCUGUUGCUGUUGCCGAGGAGGAGACGCCAGCCGAGCUGGCUGCUGUGCAUGCCCCAGCGACCCGCAAGAAGCCGGCGAGUUUCGCCGAGGCGCUGCGCCUCAGUAAAGUGAGCGAGGGCGCUGCCUUUUCGAACACCGCGGUGCGUGUGAGCGAUAAGGUGAAGGCCACAGAGAACAGGGAGAAGGCCACACGCAAAAUUGCAAAAGUCAAGGCAGACGAGAAGGAUGUCUUGCAGUCAGCAGGGUCUGCCAAGCCCAAGCUCACCAAGAAGCCGCCCAGGGCUUCCAACUCGGUAGUGUACUACGACAUCAUCUUGAAGGAGCUGCCAGAAUCGAUAACGGAGGAGAAGGUGCGCGCCGUCGUGACGCCGGUCUCUGCUGUGAAGCUGGUGAACCUUGUCAAGAGCGAAAGGCGUCGCCGCAGCAAGGAGGCCACAUCCGAGGUGAUCACGUGUGCCUUUGUGGAGCUGGAGCGCCCCGCUAACGCCGCUGCAAACCACGUGAAGGAAGUUGUGGCGAAGUUGACGGAGCUGAACAAGGGGAUGCGCAUCGAGGAGGUGCGGGAGAAGUCCGCCCUUGCAGGCUCUCGCAAGCCGCGGGAGGGCGCAGUGGCGACGUUGAAGGAGGAAGGGAAGGCGUAA